CAGCUUAUUAAUAUUGCAAUUCUAAACCUCUAGUGGAAGAGGCUUGUAAACUGCAGUGUAGUGAACCAGCUUAUUAAUAUUGUAAUUCUAAACCUCUAGUGCAAAGGUGCACAACUAAACUUUUAUCAUGGGCCGCAUAUCCAGAAAACUAGUUUAACCUAAUGUGUGUAGCGGUCUGCACAUUACCAAAGAAUAAUCUGAGUUUAACCCCUUAGCUGCAAUAUACAUAGGCAUAUUUUGGUUCAUUUUGUUUCGUACUGCACGAUACACAUCACAAACAAAAUAUACAAAACAAUUAAACACAAAGCAUUAAUGUCGUAUUGUUAUACCAUAUACACACGCAUUGCACAACAAUACUGUGUGGUCCAGUGGUUAAAGAAAAGGGCUUGUAACCAGGAGGUCCCCGGUUCAAAUCCCACCUCAGCCACUGACUCAUUGUGUGACCCUGAGCAAGUCACUUAACCUCCUUGUGCUCCGUCUUUCGGGUGAGAUGUAGUUGUAAGUGACUCUGCAGCUGAUGCAUAGUUCACACACCCUAGUCUCUGUAAGUCGCCUUGGAUAAAGGUGUCUGCUAAAUAAAUAAUAAUAAUAAUAAUACAAAGCACAUUAAAUAUCUACUUGCUGAAGCGGUUUUUAUUUUAGCCGACAAGUUGUUCAGUUGCAAUAAUAUUAUUAAUUGUUUAAGGGCUGGACAAGAUCUUCCAUGUGUGCAGAUCGGCUGUGUGGUCUUGCCCUGCUUUGCUGUCACAGAGAUGAGAUUGAUCUCUCCACGACAGACAUGUUGCAGAAAUGUGAUGACAAUGCUCACAGGAAGAUUGGCAAACUACUUUAAAAUGAGCUACACGUGAUGUUGUGUAAACAAGCCAAUCGGAGCAGUGCAUUUCCUGAAUGAGAACACGUAUAUUCCUGUAUAUCGCUGCUGUCACAGCCCUGUACAAAACCACACAGUCCGUAUUAUAUUGCAGAGUCAGAACCGCAGUACUCACAAGUCUAUAAUAGUGUAGUAUUUAGAAAAAAAACAAAAAAAAAAACAAACUGUUAACUAACCGUUUGUAUUUAAACAAACUGCAUAUAACAAUCUGCUGAUAUCCUCUCUGUGUCGUUAUAAACCUCGGGGGGAGAGGGUGGGCGCGGCGCAGGUCUCGGCUGUGCUUGCAGAUUAUUCUUGGCUAGCUCCGUCCUGACUCAGUUAUGAACGAUGUUGCAAUUCGGGGAGGAGUUCAGUUGUUUGGUUCCUGUCAGCGCACAUUCUCAGAGAGGAAGUUGAUUUCUAGCUGCGCAGUGCGGUCGAGUGGACAAAACAACGAGGAAGUUGGUCGUUGGUACUGUAACAAACACACACAACGCAGACUUCAGUCAGGAAGGAGGUGUAGCGGAGCAGAGUGAGUGUUAUAGGAGCUGAACCCAGGUCCGGUUAUAACGACUGAGCUCGUCUCCUAGAUCCUGCGCUGGGCUGAAGUUGGUCAUUGGUACUGUAACAAACACACACAACGCAGACUUCAGUCAGGAAGGAGGUGUAGCGGAGCAGAGUGAGUGUUAUAGGAGUUGAACCCAGGUCCGGUUAUAACCACUGAGCUCGUCUCCUGGAUCCUGCGCUGGGCUGGAAAUGAAGAUGGGAUUCCUGGGGAGGACCUGUCUCAUUGUCUUGAGUUUGCUAAAAGCUGUUUCUACACAAGAUGCAUGGCGUGUCGUUGGCUCUGAUCAGCCUGUCAUUGCUGAGCCUGGUGAUGAUGUCAUCCUGCCCUGUCACAUUUCACCCAGAGUCAGUGCUGUGGACAUGGAAGUGAGGUGGUACAGGGACAGAUUCGACACGCCUGUUCAUUUAUAUGUAAACAAAAAGGAUCAGCCAGGAACACAGGACAGUGCUUACCGGGGUCGCACUGCUCUCCGUCCCUCUGCACUGCAGACAGGCGAUAUCUCUCUGCAUCUGAGAAACCUCCAGCCCUCUGAUAGAGGCGUCUAUACCUGCUUAGCUGAUAAUCAUGAUGAAGAAGGGCUUACUGAACUGAUAGUUACAGCUCUGGGGACCCAGCCCUCAAUCUCUAUGGACUCUACACAAGGAGAGCAGACCCGGCUGGUGUGCAGAUCAGAGGGGUGGAGCCCUGAACCUGAAGUGAUCUGGAGAGACAGGGAUGGAAACGAUGUGACAUCACUGUCCAACACAACAGUGCAGAGGGACAGGCAGGGGCUCCUCAGUGUCAGCAGCUACAUCAAAAUCAAACAGCAGUCCAACGUGUUCUCCUGUCUGGUUAGAAGUAAAAUACCCAAACCAGACUGGGAAUCCAAACUCCACAUAUCCAGGGAUUUUUUCCCAGGAGUCUCUGGAUGGAUGGUGGCUUUCUUCUUGACUUUAGCUCUCAGUAUUGGAGCCAUUCCUCCGCUGGUGAUCCAAUGGAGAAGAAUGGAUGCCAUGGAGAGAAAGGCUGAACUUCUGGCUGCUAAGUGCCUUCGUAAGGAACUUGAGUCUAUGAGCCGCGAGGUCCUUAAAUCAGAAUGGAAGUGGAUCCUCAGCUCAGCAGUUGAUGUGACUCUGGACCCUGAUACAGCACACCACCAGCUCAUCCUGUCUGCGGAGGGGAAACGAGUGAGAGAGGGAGAGACACGGCAGAGUCUCCCUGACAAUCCAGAGAGAUUUGAUUACUGGUGCUGUGUGCUGAGCAGGGAGAGCUUCACCUCGAAGAGACGCUACUGGCAGGUGCAGGUGGGGGGGAAUACAGACUGGAGAUUAGGAGUCAGCAGAGAGUCUGCCCCGAGGAAGGGGGAGUUCAGCAUGACCCCCCAGCAGGGUUACUGGACUGUGAGGUGGUGGAGUGGAGGUGGGUUCACUGCUCUCACUGACCCCCGGACCCCCCUCCCCCUGAGCCUGAAGCCCCAGAAGCUGGGGGUGUAUCUGGAUUAUGAGGAAGGGCAGCUCUCCUUUUACAAUGUGGAGACCAGAUCUCACAUCUACACUUUCACUGACAUGGAGUUCAAUCCCAAUGAGAAACUCUAUCCAUUCUUCUGUACUGAGGACUGGAAUACAGACCUUGUGCUCAAGUCCUGUGAGAAGAUUCUAGACUGGGAAUCGAUUCUUGCUGCACCAGUUGAUGUGACUCUGGACCCUGAUACAGCACACCCCGAGCUCAUCCUGUCUGCGGAGGGGAAACGAGUGAGAUGGGGAGAGACACGGCAGGAUCUCCCUGACAAUCCAGAGAGAUUUGAUCGCUGGCCCUGUGUGCUGGGCAGGGAGAGCUUCACCUCGGGGAGACGCUACUGGCAGGUGCAGGUGGGUGGGAUUACAUGGUGGAGAUUAGGAGUCAGCAGAGAGUCUGCCCAGAGGAAUGGGGAGUACAGCAUGACCCCCCAGCAGGGUUACUGGACUGUGGAGUGGAAUGGAGGUGAGUUCAAUGCUCUCACUGACUACGAGACCCCCCUCCCCCGGAGCCUGAAGCCCCAGAAGCUGGGGAUGUAUCUGGAUUAUGAGGAAGGGCAGCUCUCCUUUUACAAUGUGGAGACCAGAUCUCACAUCUACACUUUCACUGACAUGGAGUUCAAUCCCAAUGAGAAACUCUAUCCACUCUUCUGGACUUGCAGUGAUACAGACCUUGUGCUGGAGUCCCCUGACCCUGUCAACGCUGCAGAUUAAACACACAUUGCUGUCUGAACCAGGAAACUAUUCAAACAGCUCAGACAAUCUCCUCUUCACUUUCACUGACACUCUCUCUGCACUCUUCUGGGCUGAUGAGAAGAAAUCCUCUCUCUUCCACCCUCUUACCCUGAGCCCCUCCUCUUUAUUUCUCUACACCUCCUUUCCUACUCUCCCUUCCUGUCUCCCUCUCUCUUUCCCCUCCACCUCUCCAUCUCCAGAUCCCUCUUUCUCUCCUCUUCUGCUCUCCUCUCUGCCUCCCCUAUGGCUCUC